CGUGUGUGAGGUCAGCCGCCUGUCUGGCACAGAUGUGUGUUGACGUGCCUCCAGCUGUUUGCGGGGAAUCAUGAUGUCUGGACCUAUACGGUCUGGACGGGAGGAUCCUCCCUACACAGCCUGUGAGCUCACCACGACUUUUAAUUAGACCGGAUUCGCCCAUUAAAGGGACGUCCAGCCGGGCCGGUCUUUCAAAGGCUUUUAAAAGCAGCAGGAGACUGAACUUCAGCAGCAGCAGCAGCAGACAGAGGUUGAAAUGAAGAUGUCUUCCACUUUGCUUUGUGCUGGUAUUGUGUUGGCAUGUGCCUUGACACUUAGUGCAGCUCAGUCGAGCUGUAAAGGACGAUGCGGUGGUGAGUACUACAGGGGUUACAUGUGCCAGUGUGAUUACACCUGCCUGCUUUAUGGAGAGUGCUGCGAAGACUACGAAUCUCAAUGCACCACAAAAAGCUCAUGUAAAGGUCGAUGUGGAGAAUCCUUCAAGAGAGGCCGGCGGUGCACCUGCGACUCUGACUGCUUCAAGUUCAAGCAGUGUUGUCCAGAUUACACGAGCCAGUGUGAUGCAGAGGAGGAAAUCAGUGGAGCAGCCAGUGCAACAGCACCAGUGAAGACUAGUUCAUGCGAUAGUGUAAACAAUAACAAACCCACAGAGCCGCCUCUCACGGGACCAGAGGAGCUGCCUUCUACAUCCAGUGAGGGAAACAAAGCAGAUGAAGAUUCAACUCCUCUGGUUGGUCUAACCUCAUAUCUACCAGAUGACUACAGUGAUGAUACAAACAACCAGCUCCCUACGGACGAGGAAUUCACCAACACUGGACAAGAGGAGACCAGUCCAGUCCCAGAAGGCACCAGUGGUUAUGGGUCGUCCACAGCUGAUCCCCUGGAUCAUGUCUCCACUGAACCCACCCUGCAGCCGGACACUCUGGAGUUCAGCACAGAGACGGUCACAGUCAUUUCUCAGACAGAAACCACUCAGACAGACGAUGAACCCACGCAGGCUGACGACAGCCUCACCACCCUUUCUAUGGCCAGUGGAGAAGCCCCCAUAGAGAGCACAGAUUCCAGUGAUCCAGGAACAACCCUCCCUCAGGCCACGACAGAGCAGGUCUCCGACCAGCCGACACCAACCUCUGCAGCCCAGACAGAGGUUUCUGCUACAGCCAGCAGCCCAGAGCCGGAGACAGCAGGGCAGGGAACCGUCCAACCGGAGGACAACGUUUCUCCUGCAGCACAGAUGACAGCUCUGCCGGAAGCCACCACUGAUAAUCCAGAGGUCACAACACUUCCCUUCACCACAGCAGCUUCAGCAUCGACAGAACUCACACAGGACGACACAACCGUGGAUACGUCACAGUUCACCACGCUGGACUUAACAACCAUCCCUGACGAAACCACUUCCAACCCUGAUCUCCUAAAUACUGAGAGCAGCUCAGAGGAUUCAACAACAGGCCUUCAAGAUCUGUCCACCAGUGUUUCCCCAGAGCUCGAUGCCCCGACGACUCAUGUUCCCUCAUCCACAUCUGAAGCACAGGACGAUACCACAGAUGAGGUUACACCACAAGUAACCACUGCAGAUCCGUCCAAACCCAUCGAGGAACCCCAACCGUCCAAACCCACCGAGGAACCCCAACCGUCCAAACCCAUCGAGGAACCCCAACCGUCCAAACCCAUCGAGGAACCCCAACCGUCCAAACCCAUCGAGGAACCCCAACCGUCCAAACCCACCGAGGAACCCCAAUCCAAACCCACCGAGGAACCCCAACCGUCCAAACCCACCGAGCAACCCCAACCGUCCAAACCCACCGAGCAACCCCAACCGUCCAAACCCACCGAGCAACCCCAACCGUCCAAACCCACAGAGCAACCCCAGCGCAAACCUUUGCCAUUGCCAGCUAAACCAAUUCUGGUCAAAGACCCCCCCAAAGACCCAGAGACUAAACCUGUGGACGCUGCACAAACUCUGAACAUAGACAAUCCACGAGACUACCAGGCAGAUGACAGCAACGAUACAAACCUGUGUAGCGGGCGGCCGGUGGGUGCAGUUACCACCCUGAGGAACGGCACGGUGGUGGUUUUCAGAGGACACUACUUCUGGCUCCUGAACAGACACAGGGAGCCAGGUCCGGCUAGAGGCAUCACACAAGUGUGGGGAGUCCCAUCCCCCAUUGACACUGUGUUCACACGCUGCAGCUGUCAGGGCAAAACAUACAUGUUCAAGGGAUCUCAGUACUGGAGAUUUGACAAUGAUGUUUUGGACCCUGGUUAUCCUCAAGUAAUUGAAACAGGCUUCGGCGGGCUGCGGGGCCACAUCACUGCUGCUCUGUCUGUGCCUCAGUACAACAGGAGGAGAGAGUCCGUCUACUUCUUCAAGAGAGGGGGACUGGUCCAGAAAUACUCAUACCAGUUUGGCACCAGUCCAUCAUGUGGCAAGAAAGUCCAAUACGCCGUGUACAAUGUCCGCAACCGGGUGGUUCGACAAGCAGUGUCUCCUCUCGGCCCAGUCAUCACCAUCCGGACCUGGAGAGGUUUCCCCACCGCCGUCACAGCCGCUGUGUCCGUGCCCAGCACCAGGGAACCAGAAGGAUACAAAUACUACGUCUUCUCCAAAUCCAAAUCCUACAACGUGAGGCUGGAUGGUGAACGUCCCGUCAUGGCUGCUGCGCCCGCCAGCGUGUCCCCUCAGAGCAGCAGCUUCAUCAAAUGCCCAAGGACAUGAAAAGCAGAGACUGUUUGUUUUUUCUCACCAAUUUUCUUAUCGUUUAUUACAUCCCUAUUAAAACCCACUGCAUCAGCAUGGAGCGUGAUUACAAAAAAGGUACUUUUGCAAGUACAUUAAAAACAAAAGCAGAACAUAAAAACAACAGGCUUCAGAGCACGUGAACGACUAUCAGGACUGAGUCGAGAAUCUGAACACGGACGUGGGAUGCUUCUGGAGGGAAUGACAAGUCGUCCGGUCGUGGUCGUCAAGUUUCCUGGAUGAGUGCUUCAUCUGGCGAAUCGUCUCCCGUGUAUUCCCCGAGAAGGAAACGCCUGACCUGUUGACAUGAAACAUUAUUUCAAACAAAGCCUGUAACACCGAUGAAAAACUUCUGUAUUUGCAUUGUAAUGAACGUACUGUGUUUUUUAAAUCUACAUUAAAAACUCAACAACACACCCCAACGUGUAUUAAAGGCUAUGACUUGUAAUUAAAAUGAAACAGGGUUAGUGUGCACAGUUAGUCAUGAUGCAGGAAGUUAAUCUUGUGAACACGCACAUGUAUAAAAGCCAAAAACAUGUUACACUGCAAUUAAUGUGCAUUAGAAAUAAGAGAAUGAGGGACAGAGAGAUUAGUUUAAAUUACUUUAGUCGCACUUUUCAGUCAUGCAAGAACUUCUAGAAAAUCUGGGACUUAAUUUCUGACUUACAAUAAAGAUCAGUGUUGUUGUAAAA